UCCCGAAUACCUACCGAACCGCUCUCACGCGUCUUCAAUCUCCUCCAGAACCCCUCUCACACAAACCUAUCUUACGCCCUCUUCGCCGAACAAACCUCAUCUCAUGCCCUCUUCCUCGACGAGCCCACCACCGGGCUCGACAACGCCGCCUCCUUCUUCGUGGUGGAGAUGCUGAAGCACAUCGUGGUGGGCAAAUGCACUAGCACGCAGCACAAAUGCAAGGCCUGUGACAAGACUGUCUACCUCGUGGAUCAGCUCACCGCCGACGGAAUCGUCUUCCAUAAGUCCUGCUUCAAGUGCAAUCAUUGCAAAGGAACCCUCACGCUAAGUACAUAUUCAUCCAUGGAAGGUGUUUUGUAUUACAAGCCUCACUUUGAACAACUCUUCAAGGAAUCUGGCAACUUCCACAAGAAUUUUCAGUCAUCUACAAAAUCUGUUGAUAAAGCUCCAGAACUGAAGCAAGCCAUUUAUAAAUUAGUCAAGUGCUAAAGGAAGAUGAGACUAGAGGUGACUCCUAACAAUGAGACUCUUAACUUUGCCCAUCUCUGCAUUCGCCAAGUGUGAGCAUCUCCCUGGUGGAAGAGAGGGACAUUGCGAUGUCAUCAAAACUAGACAGAUUAACUCAGUUCUACGUGCCACUCUCGUCGAUUUCUAUACUAAAUGUGGUGAAUUGAAAUCAGCAGUCAUGUUGCAUGAUGAAUGCCAAGUGAAGAGCAGCACCAUAUGGAGCAUCAUGAUGUGGGGCCUUAUUCAGAAUGAUGAGUUCUUGGAAGCUGUCAACGUGUUUGAAAGAAUGCAAAAGUCUGUAAUUAAGCCUUGUAAGGAUGCUCUAAGAGCCUUAGUUGCCACAUAUACUAACUUGGGAGCUUUGUUGUUGGGUAGAGGAGUUCAUAAUCUUAUGUAGGUUGUGAUUGUGUAAAUAGAAUUUUUUUUGUAAAUAUUAUAGUUUUUGUAAA